AUCAAACCCAUCCAAAUUCAAAACCCCACCACUGUCUUUAUGUCCAGUGUCUUCUCUACAGUCUUCUUCCCCUAAACUUCUCCAGCAAAAACAAAAACCAAAAGCAUCAUCAAGCAAACACACUUUUGGCAAAAUAAAAAAAGACCAAAAACCAAAAACCAAAAACAAGAACAACCAUGUCAAUAAUGUCCUUGACAACACCACUAGAAAUCGUAGUCAAGAACCGCUUCUUAGGGUUCCUCAUAUGGCAGUCUAUUCCCUCCACUGCCAUCUUCCUCUUCUUCAAAACCUUCUUCAUCUCCACACUCACCUCCACCACCACCACUUCCACUAGUAAAAACCCAUUACUCUCUUUUGCUCCAUCACUCAUUUCACUCCUCACUUUCUUCACAUUCCACCUCUCACAGCUCCUCUUCUCUGCUUCUCUCUCACUCGUCUCCUCGCCCUAUCCCCAUUCCCCUGCUUACCCUUUUGAGCUCUUUCUCGGCCUCGUCCGAUUCUUUCUCGUUUCGGACUCUUCGGCUUCGGUAUCGCCGGAUUUUCGGACCCGGGCUAAGGUUUCUCUGAGCUUUGUGUUGUUUGUGGCGGCCUGUGCUGUGUCUGGGUUUGUGGGGCUAGUGUCUGUGUGUUGGGUCAAAUCCAGUGGCUUUGAUGGAGACUGGCUGAUUGGCAAAGUGGGGUUCAUUGGUUUUCUUCUUGGUUUGCUUUACAGCUUGUUUUAUGUUUAUAAGCACAGAUGGAUUUUGGAGUUUCCCAUUAUUCAGCGCCCACCUUUCUUCAGCUUCAAGAUGGGGCUUCCUUCGGCUAUUACUCGGGCUUUGAAGCUUUCGGGUGUGACUUACCUAUUUUCAGCUGUUCUAGGAUCAAUUCUGUUGGAUCAGUUUAAAGGUCAGGUUACAGUGAGAAAGUUCAUUGCUGAGCAAAUCAUCUUUUGCAUUGGGAGCUUUGCAGUGUUUCUAUGCUGGGAAUUAAGUCACCACUUACAUCGGGUGCUACAUACAAAGAGGUUCACAUUUGCACCACCCAAAGGGUCGGCAGCAGCAGAAACAAAUCCAAGUGAGCAUCUCCUUGCAGCCCUGGAGGAUAGCAACCCAAAUUCUCUUCUUCAAUAUCUUGCAUAUCUUGAUCUCUGUAUGGUCUGUGAGAAUAAUGUUGAUACAUGGCGACGAGCUGCCUUUUUUGAAGAAACGGGUGAGACUUACAAAAGAGUUAUAGCUGUAUGCUUGAGGCCUUUGGAAAAGCUUGCAUCAAAGUUGGCUGAAGGUUUGGAAAGUUCUGUUGACAAAAACUCCCAGCUGUCCAAACAGUUACUCUCACCAACUGACUCCCGUCUGGAAUCCAAGUAUUGCAAACCACUGAAAAACUUUCAGCUAUGUGCAUGGUCUGCCAGGACGGUUGCCUCACUGACUGCCUGCUCACACAGAGAAGAUAGGUUUGGGGUUGCUCAGCUCUCUGGUAGUAAUGCUGCAGUCAUUUCAGCACUGUUAUCUUGCCUUCUUGCCGUUGAGACAUUCAUGGGGAAGAAGACCAACAUUCAAUCCCCCCCUCAUUUGAUGGGGCCAGCUGGAAUUAAAUGGGCAACAUCAAGCACUGGAAGAAUAGAUGGUGCAGUGGGUAAGAAGAGAGGUGGCCCUCUACAUUCAAAAGCAUAUGCCAUUGCUGAUGUUUUGAGGACCUCAAUCUACCAUGUUGUGUCUGCUUUCCAUGAUGAAAUGCUGAAUGGUGCUAAAGCAGGACUUCUCGAGAAGGAUUGGAUCAUCAGUGGUAAGCCUCUUUUUGGCACUCGUGAGCUCCUGGUGCAGAAAUUGCGGCUUUUUCUGGACUUUCGAGCUAGCUAACUGCUAAUUUACAGCCUACCUUUUUUGUUAUCUUGUCCCCAUUUGUGAACUUUCCUUUAGCACAGCACAAAUGAAGAGGCAGUUUUGUUUGUUAAUCCAGAAGAGCUAUGGGCAGAAUAUAAAGAAAGAAUGUUGUUUUGCUUAAAAGAAAUAUCAAAGAAAAAUUCUAUGAA